UUUCGUCUUUCCCUCUUUCACCUCCCCCCAGACACACCUGCACUGCCACGAGAAGGACCGCGGUUGGAUCUAGGAGGGUAUCUGCGACCGCAUCAAGCUGUCUGGCCGAGCUCUUCAAAGCAGACUUCUGUACUAUCGGAGGAAACAGACAGCGGGCAGCUGGAUAGCUGGAUCCAAAUAAACCCGGCGCAUCUCAGUCGGUGCAACGUCAAGUCAACAGCAGUCAUCAUGAUGCUAGCGUCGUCUACCCGACUGCUUAGCCGUGGGGCUAGCAGGCGGUGGCAACUCACGCGGGAACUCUCGACGAUCAAGCAGGUCGGCGUUGUCGGGCUUGGGCUUAUGGGUCACGGUGUCGUCCAGGUGACCGCGAUGGCCUCGUCCCCGGAGUACACGGUCGUCGCCGUCGACGGGAGCAAGGACUCCAUGGACGCUGGUAAGAAGCGGAUCGACCAGUCGCUCUCGAAGAUGCUGGACCGGAAGGUGAAGAAGGGCGUUCUUACGGAGGGAGACGCCGCCGCUCAGAAGGAGGGGAUCUCGUCGCGGAUAUCGUACGCUUCGGACGUGUCGGCCCUGGCGGAUUGCGACUUGGUCGUGGAGGCGAUCACGGAGAACCCGGAGAUAAAGUUCUCCCUCUUCAAGGACCUCGUGCGAGUCACUCGUCCGGCCUGCAUCCUGGCCUCCAACACGUCUUCGUUGAGCAUCAAGGAAAUGGCCGUAGCUUCGGGGCGCCCGUCACACGUCGUCGGCCUUCACUUCUUUAACCCCGUGCAACUGAUGAAGCUGGUGGAGGUGGUCCGUUGCGAUGUGACUGACCCGGCCGUCUUCGAGGAGUGCAAGUCUUGGGCACAGACCGUCGGCAAGCACCCGGUGUCGUGCGUGGACACGCCUGGCUUUAUCGUCAACAGGCUGCUCGUACCCGGCCUUGCGCAAGGAAUGCUUAUGUACGAGCGGGGCGACGGAUCAGUGGAGGACAUCGACAAAUCCAUGGAACUUGGAGCUGGACAUCCCAUGGGACCACUCACGUUGGCGGACUACGUGGGUCUCGACAUCUGCCUGUCGAUCUUGGAUGGAUGGGUGCAAAAAUACCCGGAUGAGCCUUCCUUCGUCGUCCCGAAAUGCUUGCGGGAAAAGGUGGCGGCCGGCAAGCUGGGACGGAAGAGCGGCGAAGGCUUUUAUCUGUGGGACGGCGACAAGCGGACAACCGUGGCGCCUUGAUACCCGAGUAGCGCUUUGAAGGCACAGUAAUAAAACAAAUUUUGAAUCUUGUCUCCGUUUGGGUUAGUCCCCGCUCUGCGCUCCUUCAUCGAGUAGAAAAACUCGGGAGAUAGAUGCGGUCCGUACGUUUGGUUUUCGGGACGAUCGAUAUCCUUGUAUUGUGUCGACCAGCGACAGCAGUACGGGAACGCGAGAAAAUGCUCCGGGUGACCCUGGCACUCCGGCGAAGCGAUGCUGCACGUGUGGUCCGCGUCUGCCGGAUCCAUCCCCAUCCCUCGGGAUUAGCACCCGGAGCCGGUUGGGAACGACUGCCUACUCUGCACUUAACGCCGAGGUGCUCUCGCACUCCACACCAUCCGAAUCAUCGAAACAAGGGAGUUGAAUUGGUGUGGGGCUUCGUUCUCUCAGUGAAUUUUGUCUGUACAAAAGCGCUAGUUUUAUUCCAAAACAUUAAAGGUGUGUGCACGGCGAGGUGAGAGGGCAUGGUUGAGAUGGGGUCAGUGUUCAAAGGCAUGCUCCAGCGUUGACCCACAGACAGGAGCAAUGCCCUACCAACCAAAGAAUGGUCGAUUCUUCACAAUGACAGUCCCCAGCCAAUACAGGCCGUGACAUAGC